UGGAUGUUCCUCCCAUCAAGACUCAUCCCUGACAGCCAUGGCUUUAUACUUUGAAUCAGAGCUUCUUCAAGCAGUUGAAGAUGAGGAUGUCAACGCUGUCAUCACCCUACUCGAGGCUGGGGCGGAUCCGAACGCAGGUCUUUUCAAACACGAAACAGCAAUUUCGAAAGCGAUCAGUACAGGAAAUGAAGAGAUCCUAGAUCUUCUCCUUCGAAAUGGAUCGCUGCAAUGCAUGAUAGAGGAGCAACCCUGUGCGGCUGGUCAUUGGUUACAAAAGAGGCGAUCAGCAACGAGAAGAAGCACACUUCGCGGUCUUGCUCUAUUGCCACUUACAAAGAUCGGGCUUGACUGUGCUGCUGCUUGGUUACACGGGGUUCGGUGCCAGCAUCUUCUCCGGCUCGGUGGUCACUACCUCUGGUUCGUUGCCAGGGCUACCAUUUCUGGACCGGUUUCACUGGCCGAACUCCGAUCGCGUUAUCUGAAGCCUUUGACAUACGCUGAGACUGUUGUUGAGAUGUUGUUCGGCAAUCAACUUUACAAUUGGAUGGUGCGCCGCCUUUUGAGCUUCGUUCCCAGCCUCGCCAUGCCACUAGGCAGCGACCUAGGUAGUAACAUGCGUCAUGAUCUUCUUCUUGCGAUUCCGCUGCGCUUUGCCGUCGACUGCAUGGUUACGGCAGUACAUACUUUGUUCCGUCAGCUUCCCUAUAAGUUAGGCAGGUCUGCCUCUGGACCGGAUGUUUACCUAAUUUUGGAGACGGAGUCGUGGAAGUCGCCAGCUGAGAGAGCGUUCGAGUCCAUCAUGGUCUCCGACAAGGCCACUGAGACAAUAGUGCACAAGCUGCUGCGCGCGGGCAUAUUAGCCUCUCGACCUUUUAAAAAUUCUCCAGUCGCCAAAAGCCUGCUUCGAAGUGCGAUUAUUCGCUGCUGGCCAACGGUCACAGAAUUCCUUCUAGAUACUGGAAUGUUGCUCAAUGGCCAAUCGUGGCUAUCAUCAGCAUCACGUCACUGGCCAGCCCUUAUCAGCGCUAUUGAGUACUACGCCCCAAACGCAGCUCUAGAUGACCUUUCCGGGGCAUUUGUGAAGACCGAAUCUAUCCCAAGGGCUUCUGAGGAAUAUGAGUACGACGAGUUUCAAGGUCCGUUUCUUGUACUUGUCAAAUCGCCAAAUUUUAUACGUCUCGCCACAUCCGAUACCGUAACAGGCCAUAAAACUUGUAUAAAGAUGCUUGACACGUUGUUUGCACAUGGUGCAGAUCCUCUACGAUGUGACGGGCGGGACCUUGAUGCCUUGUGUCACGUUGCGAGUAGCUCGAUCUCUACAACAGUCUUCCAACACAUUGUGUAUUUGUGGCAACGAGCGAGAUACAAACUUCCAAUCAUUCCUGGCGAUUCAGAUCCUCCAUCACAAGCCCUUCAUCAAGCAGUCAGCACCGCCUCUCCCGAUUUGGGAAAAGUUCGAAUCCUGUUGGAUAUGGGAAUGUCACCAGAGUGGGAGAAUCAUGAAGGUCAGACCCCUCUGUUCGAAGCAGCAUUCGCGAACAGCAAUAUUGAAGCAAUGAGCAUGUUGUUGGAAGCGGGGGCAAGUCCGAACAAUGGGGGCAAGGAAGCUUACCCUCCCCUCGCCAAAACCCUAGACGAUGCUAGUCUAGUCAAAUUCGAAUUUCUUUUGGCCUAUGGCGCGGACCCAAAUGCUACAGGCAAGGGCGGCAAAUCCAUAUUAGAAAAUGUUGUGGAACUUCACUCAUCACUUUCCGUGCCAAAGUAUUAUGCAGUGGAAAGCCUGCUUCGCCAUGGUGUAGCUGUUUAUAACGAGUCCACAGAAUUAGCUCCCGCUUUCAUCGCAAUGGCGAGACAGCUCAAUUGUGAGGGCUGGGAUGAAGUGAUUUUGGGCCUUCUACUGCACGAAAUCCCCCGGGAGCACCGAUCGAGGCAGCUAAAUCUUGCACUUCAGGCAGCGGUCAGCGACAAGGGUCUAAAUAGGGGAGAUUUCGUUACUCUCUCCUACCUUCUUUGUCGUGGUGCCGAUCCUUCCUGCCUCCAAGGAGGGACUACCUUUAUUCUAGAGUACAUUUGUUCGCUCGUGCGUCCAUUGAACCAUCAAUUCCGAGACCAUAUGAGACGCUUCUUGCAGGAAUACCACCCAAAUGUCAAUAGCUGCAAUGAUUCAGGGAACACACCACUGAGUCACACGAUACGGAAUGGCAGUCGUGAUUUUUCGUUGCUACUCCUAGAACAUCAAGCAGACCCAAAUGCUGUCAAUGCCGAGUGUCAGACCCCCUUACAGCAAUUAUCUCUAAUGAAGCCGUGGACGUAUAGCAUUGGGCACAGUCAUGAGCAAGUCUAUGGGGCCGACAACGAUCAGCGAUAUCAAGGUGUUCGUGGACAAAGCGCUCUCCGAGUCAAAGUCAAGGAAAGGCUGCACGACAUCAGUAACAGCUUGGCACAGGAGGAAGUAUUUCAGUGCUUAGUCGAUCAUGGCGCAGACCUCGGAGUCAGAGAUUCAACAGGGCAAUCUUUGUUGAUGCUAGCUUGCGCAAACGGCAAUGAUACUCUGGCUGCGAAUAUCCUUUAUUGCUUGCGAGAAACCGAGUUUAUUCCUGCGCUCACGGAAACCAACAAAUCUGGGAAGACCUCACUUCAUUUAGCGGCAACUAGCGGAUCUUUGAACACAAUCAGAAUUCUCUUAGCACCUCAUCACAUCCUGAAGCCAGCUACGAAUACGUGGAGAAAGAUGGCGAUGGAUGGCGAAUCAAAUCACAUUCAGCAGCGCAAACAUGAGGCCGGAUACGUUUAUGAACAUCUAGAAAAGCAGGUCGACCAGUACAUGAAAAGAGCGAAAGACACACCAGGCUUUUUGGUGAGGAGUGUUGCCUGGGUCGAGGAUUAUGAGGUUGAAAUCACUGCUGGUGACGCAGAACGCAUGGAUAUCCUUCUUCCUAACGUCGCGGCAUCGACUUGGCAGCUGCAAAAACAAGAUAUGCUUCAUACUGUCAGCGAGACCCUUCGCGACUCAAUGGGUAAAACGCCGCUCCAUUGUGCUGCACUGAUGGGGCACGUUGAGGUCGUCAGAUUGUUGUUGGAGUACACCGAUGUUGAUAUUGACGCCAAAGACGUGGAUGGAAAGACCGCUGCAGAUAUCGCACUUGAUGGUAACUUCUAUGACGUAUAUGGUGCGCUUCAAUUUCAAGACGAACAGUGUUAGAGAAAGACACUAGAUCCAUGGUUGGAAUCAGCCAACGUCUCACGAUCAUGACCACGAAGAUAAAAUGAUAACAUCAUCGCUGCUCGUAUUGCUGCUGUUUUCUAUCGCACUGACAACCAGUACACUAACACGAUGUCUCCCUCGCAGUCCUACUCCCGCUCCCGAUCUGCUUUCUAAUGCUCUGCU